AAUCCUUUUUUUCUUCUUCGAAAAACCCCGAAACUCAAGUGGUGGUUACUCCUACAAUGGCGAUCGGCGGGAAGAGGAAGCGCAACAAUGAUUCAGACGGCGAAGAUAAUUCUUCCAAGAGAGAAACUCGAACGGAAACGAAGGAACCAUUCCGUCCUUCAAUGAUUAAGAACAAAGAAAAACGAUCUGAAAUUCAUGCUAAACUCAAGCAUCAGAAGAAGCUUGAAAAACGCGCUAAGUCUAAUGCUCGUGAUGCUGCUGUUAAAAGAGCUAUCGAGCUCGGUGAAGAGCCUCCGGAGAAGAAGGUGCCGAAGACGAUUGAGAAUACAAGGGAAGUUGAUGAGACUGUUUGCAAGCCUGAUGAUGAAGAGCUAUUUGCUGGAAAUGAUGCUGAUGAAUUCAGUUCAAUAUUAAAGCGGCAACAAAGUCCCAAGAUAUUAAUCACCACUUGCCGCUUCAAUUCUACGAGGGGACCUGCUUUAAUAUCAGAAUUGCUUCAGGUUAUACCAAAUGCACAUUACUUCAAGAGAGGAACCUAUGAUUUAAAAAAGAUUGUUGAAUAUGCAAAUAAAAAGGACUUCACUUCUCUUGUAGUUGUACACACCAAUCGGAGGGAACCAAAUGCUCUCUUAAUUAUUGGCUUACCUGAAGGACCUACUGCUCAUUUCAAACUCACAAAUCUUGUUUUACGCAAGGAUAUUAAGAAUCAUGGAGUCCCAACCAGUCACCAGCCUGAGCUUGUGUUGAACAACUUCACAACACGCCUAGGGCAUCGAGUUGGAAGAAUGAUACAGUCACUUUUCCCCCAAGAUCCUGAGUUUAAAGGGCGACGUGUAGUUACCUUCCACAAUCAGAGAGACUUCAUAUUCUUCCGACAUCAUCGGUAUAUUUUCGAGACCAAAGAAAUUAAAAAGAUAGAGUCUAAAGGUAAAAAUGACGAGGAUGGCAAGAGUGAGAAAGUUCCUGACCAUAAAACAAUUGCCCGUCUUCAGGAAUGCGGCCCUCGUUUCACAUUGAAGUUAAAAAGCCUGCAGCAUGGAACAUUUGACACUAAAGGUGGAGAAUAUGAGUGGGUUCACAAGCCGGAAAUGGACACAAGUCGAAGAAGGUUUUUCCUGUGAUCUUGUCUUGGAACUUAGCAUUUUGGACUGCAUUUCUGCUGGAAUUUGGCUAAUCUGGUGAAUGUUGGUUAUCUUGAAGUUUUUGGAAUCUUUCAAAAUAUUUCUAUAUAAUUUUUUGUAUUUUUAUUUAUUAUGGAGUUGUAGUCCUACCAUCUUUGUACACAACCCUGAUCAAUUUUGACCUCAAAUCUAUGUUUGUUGAGAAAAAAAUUUACAUUUUGCUUAUAGGCUAUAUAAUUUUAACUUGAGAUGGUAUGCGUCUACCAUAGA